AUGUCCGAGGAAACCCCCUUUCCUUGGGCCAUUGGCGUCCACGAUGCGCACUGUCAUCCCACCGACACGGAAGCCUCCAUCACCUCGAUCCCGCAAAUGAAAGCAACAACCCUAACCAUCAUGUCCACCAAUAAUGAAAACCAGGAUCUAGUCGCACAAACCGCGAUAUCCUUCUCCGCCAAAAACACAAACUCCACCAACGACCGCGUCGUCCCCUCCUUCGGGUGGCAUCCGUGGUACGCGCACCUGCUCAUCGAUGACACCGCCCAUGAUAUGACCCAGUCCCCCGCCGCACGCCGAGCAGCCCACUACGCUGCGGUUCUGGCAGUGUCCCCGGGUAAGGAGAAUCAAGCUCUCAUCGAUGCACUCCCCGACCCCAAGCCGCUCUCCGAGUUCAUCACGGAGACACGUGCGCGACUGCAGCAAUUCCCACACGCGCUCGUCGGCGAGGUCGGUCUGGACAAGGCCUUCCGGAUCCCGAUGCCACAGACAGCUGUUGAGAACGGUGGAGAUGGCCAGGAUCCUCCCGCGCGUCGCGGGCUCUCGGCAUACCGUACCGCCAUGGACCACCAGCGUACUGUGCUGAAAGCGCAGCUCCAGCUUGCCGCUGAGCUGAAGAGACCCGUAUCCCUGCACAGCGUGCAAUGUCAUGGUACCGCUCUGCAGUUGUUGAGAGAGAUGUGGGCGGGAUAUGAGAAGGCUGUGCCGACGCGUCGCGAGAGGCGCCAGCAGCGUGAUGCUCCGGGUGCGUUAUCUGAUGAGGAGGUCAGCGGCGACGGUAAGACCGGGAUUGAAGCGCAGUCGGAUGUGACUGGGUAUUCAAAACUGCCGUUUCCGCCUCGUGUCUGCGUGCAUAGUUACUGUGGUAAUGUUGGCCCUGUUCGUGAGUUUAUGAACGCGGCCCAUCCGUGCGAUUUUUACUUCUCUUUUUCGAAGGUCAUCAACAUGAAAGAGGGCGCCACGAAUGUCACUGAGGUUAUAAAGUACGUGCCUGAGGACCGCAUUCUUCUUGAGAGUGAUUACCACACUGCGGGUCCAGAGAUAGAUGAAAUGCUGGAAACUGCUGCGAGAGAGAUCUGUACGCUGCGCGGAUGGGAGCUGGAAGAGGGUGUGAAGCGUUUUGCAGACAAUUGGCAGCGGUUCGUUUACGGUUAG